AUGGAUUUGCUUUAUAAUCCCAAAUUAAGUCCUCUAUAUAAGGAUGCAUAUUUUUACGAAGAGCCCACACAUCAAGAAAUCAUUAUGCGAAAAAUGAGAAUUGAUAAGCUAAAAUAUAAACAUAUGCAUUUGCAUGCUACAAUGUUGAAUAAAAUCAAUAUGUUUGAUGACCAUCUAUUUGAAUUAAAUAAAAUGCGAAUAGAUAUUAAACUCGAAAUUAAAUUUCUUGAUUUAUGGGCUACAACGCUAGAAGAAGAAAUGUUAGUCUUGUACGAUUUUGAUUUACUUGAAGAUGAACUUUCGUACAAAGUACAUGUUAAAAUAGGAUUACAAAAUGAUAAAGCUCAACAAAUACAAAGAAUUCAAGAAGACAUAAAAUAUUUUAAUGAUAUUCAUAUUAAAGAAACAAAUAUGCUAAUAGAUAACCGACAUAAUUUUGAUAUGUGUAUGAAAUUGGAAAAUAAUGGUUUUGCUAAACAUCUUAAAAAAAUUUUCGAUAAGAAAUUGAAAAUACCAAAAAUUAAAUCUCAUGAUACCGAUGAUAGUUCAUCGUCUUCGUCCGACGAAAGUGAUGAAUCUGAACCAGAAUAUAAUAACGAAAGUGGAGAAUCAUUAAUGGCAAUGAAAGUACCAACAGUAUUUGACGAAAAAGUAUUACCAUUAGGCUGUGAUCCAAAAUUAUUUGAUAAGACAUUAGAAUUGAGAUCAAAAAAAUAUGAAAUUGAAAAAAACAUCGAGGAUAUUAAAAAAAAAUUGGAUGCUAGUAGAACACAUCUGAGUUUAGCUUACGUAGAACUCAAUGUUAUUGAAGAUGAGUUAAAACAAACUCAAAAUGAAUUAGAAUCAUGUCAGAUAAAAAAACAAUUGAAACUAAAUGAUGUUUAUACCACGAUUGUACUUCAUAAAUCUCAAAUGACCAAAGCUAAAUCUUUAAAAAAUAGUAUCUUAUUAUAUGGAAAUGUUAUACAAGAUCUAUCAAAUAGAGCUGCGGAAUUAAAAAAAGAAGAAAAAGAGGUAAUUAAUAAUUUGGCAAACGAAAAGUUAUGCGCAAAAAAGGAUCGUAUUGAAAUAGCUAAGAUGGAGAAUGUUUUGAAAAAUAUUAAAAUUUCCAUUAAAGACGAAAUGAUAAAGAAAUUUAAAACUGAGACGAAUUGGAAAUUUUUAGACGAAAUGGAAAUGACUAUAAUCGAUUACAUGAUUAUUAAAUCGAAGUCUGAAUCCCAAAAUUUAAAGAAUCACUUUAUUCAAGAAAUAAGAAUAUUAGAAAAUCAAAUAAGAUCUCAGCAAAAAACAGUAACUGACUUAUUAAAAUCAAAUACUCGUAAAAACAAGUUAUUAAAAAAUGUUCUUGAAAACAUUAAUAUAAUACGACAGUAUUUGGAUGUGGACCAAGAAAGAAUUACGAAAAAAUUUCAAAAUUUGGCGAUGGAAUCAACAUUUACUACUGAAAUAAGUACCAUGAACUGCAUAUAUGACAUAUUAGUACAGAAGAAAGAAUACCUUUGUGAACAAAUAUGCACGCAUAAAUUAAAAUGCAAAAUGUUAGCUCCUAUAGUACAACAAAAUAGCCCAAAGGCGAUACAAAGUCAGGCAAUUGAGCAUUCAACUAUACCUGCAACUCAGCAAGAGGAGAGUGAAGAACUUGAUUUAAAUACUAUAAAGAAACGUUAG